AUGCUCUUCAAUGGCGAGGGUGAAGCAUUCAACCAAUACCUCUCUCCCCAACACUCUCCUGCUUCAGCCAUUCUAAACAACUUAUCAUACAGGGGUAUCUUCGUCACCGGUUCCUCUAUCAUCGGCGGCGGUGUCAGAGCUCCCAGAAUACGGACCAAGAACUUGAUCUCCAUCAUCUUCUGCGAGGUCGUCGCCAUCUACGGCGUCAUCAUGUCCAUCGUCUUCUCCUCCAAGCUCUCGUACGUGUCCGAAGAGAGCCUCUACUCAGGCAGCAACCUCUACACCGGCUACGCUCUCUUCUGGGGCGGCCUCAUCGUCGGAUCGUGCAAUCUCAUCUGCGGCAUUGCAGUCGGUAUCAACGGAAGCAGUGCUGCCUUGGCCGAUGCUGCUGAUUCCAGCUUAUUUGUCAAGAUCCUCGUCAUCGAAAUCUUCAGCUCUAUCCUCGGUCUUUUCGGCCUUAUCCUCGGCCUCCUUGUUGCCGGAAAGGCGAACGAAUUCAAGUGA